AUGGCAGACGAGCUUGCAGAAGUUACGAAAAAAUUUGGUAGUCUCAGCGAAUACAGCAUACAGUUGAACCGAUGGUUCUUGAAACCAAUAGGCGCGUGGCCCGAAUCAUCCUCUACUACGAGACAUGAAAAAAUUCUUUCACAAAUUUCAAUUAUCAUCUGUUGGUGCAUCUCAUUGUUCACUAUAAUUCCUGCUCUACUUCGCCUCAUCCUAGAAAAAGAAGAUCUUUACCUUAAACUGAAAGCAUUUGGUCCACUAUCCCAUUGGAUUGUUGGAGUAUUUAACUAUGCUGCAUUAUUAUUACGCAAAGAUGAAAUACGUCGUUGCAUAGAACACAUACAGGCCGAUUGGGAAAUAAUAACGAGAAUCACAGAUCAGAGAAUAAUGUUGAAGAAUGCCAAAAUUGGCCGAUCUAUCGCGGCUUUCACUGCAGCUUUUGUGCAUAGUGGCAUCGUUUCUACUUGCAUUGUAUUGGGUGCUUUGAAACAUACCACUAAAGUCGGCAACGAAACCAUAAGCAUAUAUAGACUACCUUGCCCACCUUAUAAAAUUCAGACUGAUACUAAUCCAACAUACGGCAUUAUUCUGGGCUCACAAUUUCUCUCAGGAUUUAUCGUCACUUCGAGCGCACUCGGCGCCUUCAGUGUUGCUACUGUUGUUACUAGCCAUGCGCUUGGUCAACUAAAUGUGGUGACAAAUUGGAUCAAUGAAUUUGUGAAUCAGUCAGAUAAAGAGAGGGAUAGCCACACACACAAAAUAAGCGUAAUUGUUGAUCAUCAUCUGAGGAUCCUCAAUCUCGUAGAACACAUUGAACAUAUGAUGAGUGGAAUAUGCUUCAUGGAAACGUUCAAGUGUAUGCUGGGUAUGUGCAUGCCUAGCUAUUACAUGCUUGCGGAAUGGUCUGAACAUAAUAUUCAAAAUUUGGUUACAUAUGCUUUGGUAGCUGUAUCUAUGACUUUUAACAUAUUUUUAGUAUGUUACAUCGGUGAAUUACUAUCAGAACAGUGUAAGAAAGUUGGUGAUAUAGUUUACAUGACGAAUUGGUACCAAUUGCCUGACAAAGAGAUCUUGAAUCUCGUUAUGAUCAUUUCACGAUCUAGCAUGGAAAUUAAAAUUACUGCCGGAAAAUUGAUUACAUUCGCUUGUAGCUUGGCUGCUGUAUUCGUCAUGCAUGCCUGUGGACAGUUUAAAAUUCUUAUAUCGAAAUUGGACAAGCUAAUCGACGGAAAGACAGAAGAAAAAGACACGAGUACGUAUGAACAACGAUUGGGCGAUAUCGUGGAACACCAUUUACACAUACUAAGUUUUAUAGCUCAAAUCGAAAGACUUCUAAAUGAGAUAUGCUUCGUUGAAUUUGUAGGCUGCACGAUGAAUAUAUGCUUCCUAGGAUAUUAUUUACUGACGGAAUGGGAGCAAAGUGAAACUAUAGGGACAGUGACCUAUUGUGCGUUGCUUAUAUCCUUUAUUUUCAAUAUUUUCAUUUUGUGUUACAUUGGUGAAAUUUUAUUUUUUGAGUGUAGAAGUAUCGCUGAAUCGGCUUAUAUGAUCAAUUGGUAUCUUCUACCUGACAAGAAAGCAUUGGGUCUAAUAUUGAUGUUCGUCAUUUCGAACUCUUCUUUAAAAUUAACAGCCGGAAAGCUGGUCGAAUUAUCUUUAGCCAGCUUCUGUAGCGUAUUAAAAUCGGGGCUGGCAUAUUUGAGUUUACUGCGCACUCUCAUUGUGGAAUAA